AUGUCCUCACCGUCGUCCCAACUUCCUGCUUCCUACGCCCUCCUCCCCCCCACUUCCGAAUCCCCCCUCCUCGCCACCUCCACCACCCAAAAAACCGCCGCCAACCACCUCUUCACCACUGGCGCCUACGACGCCGCCCUCACCGGCUACCUCCGCGCGCUCGCCCCGCUGCCCGCCUACCUCGACUACGAGAUCGCCGUCCUGCGGAGCAACAUCGCCGCGUGCCAUGUGAGGCUGGAGCAGUGGAGGGAGGCGAUGGAGAGCGCGGAAGGGGCGCUGGAGGGGUUGGCGAGGGUGGAUGGGUGGGAAGAGGAACAAGUGGAGGACGGAGAGGAGGAGAGCUCGGAGGCUAGAGAGACGCCGAUGGAGACGUUGCAGAGGUUAGGAUGGACCGUCGACGAUGUGCAGCGGAUUCGUACCAAGGCGCUCAUGCGGCGGGCGAACGCGAGGAUGCAACUGGGGAAGUGGGCGGAUUUGGAGGGCGCAGACCAAGACUACACCUAUCUCUCCACCCUCUCCACCCUCUCUUCCCAGGACCGCAAAACGCUCGACCUCGCGCGCCGCGCGCUGCCGGCGAAAAUGGAGGCGGCGAAGCAGAACGAGAUGGCGGAGGUGAUGGGGAAGCUGAAGCAGCUGGGGAACGGGAUCUUGAAGCCGUUCGGGCUAUCGACGAAUAACUUUCAGUUCGUGAAGGAUGAGAAGACGGGGGGGUAUAGCAUGGGGUUUGAUCAGAAUCCGUAG